UAUAGUACCUUUACAGCUGUAUUAGCCAAAAUUCCUGGACAUCAGUAUAUUCCAAAGGUACGUUACGCAAUGGCUAAGCUUCUAGCUGGCAAGGAUCACAAAGGAGCUAACAUGUCCAUCGGUUACUUACAAGAUGUCUUUACAAAUUGCAACAGUGCAUUUGGCUCACUAGCCACUGUCCUUCGAAGUGGAGCGUCCAUUGCCACGAAUGUAGAUACGGAAGCCGUAGUUGAAGGCUUUGAGGGUUCCGGUGCCGCAAAUUUGGCGACGUGGUUGGAAGCACAGAAGCUCUUGGGGAGUGGACAGGCUGAGCAGGCCCUCAAGACAAUGUCUUUGUUGGGCACGAACAAUCCUAAGAUAUUAACGGAAAUGGGAUUAGUAUAUAAUUCGCUGGGAAUGCGUCACGAAGCUCGUUCCGAGCUGUCUAAAGCGCAUUCUUUGGAUGCUGAACAACAUUAUGCAAUGGAUACACUUGCUCUAUUGUUUGCACAGAAUACUCCACCAAUGGCUAAAGAACUGGAGUCAUUGGCGACACAACUCAUGAACUCGAACGAAAAUACUAUAGAAGCCUGGAUCGCAUUCGGCCAUUGCAAACUAAAAACUGCUUUGUAUUUUGCGCAUAAAGCCUGUAAUCUUACAAUUUUUGGAGAUAAACCCAAGUCCGAGGCAAUGAUGUUGAAAGCGCUUGUUUUGUUAGAUCUUGGUGAGAUAUUGUUUCAACAUAAGUACAGCAGCGUUUUCUUCAAUUCUUGUUAA